AAUGUGGGCGGGCGGGCAGCAAUCAAAAGUCGGUACCUGUAGGUACCUAGUAAUCUAAACCCGAAAACAGCCCCUCCUUCAGGUCGUGCCCAGAGUGGUCACAUCACCUAAUCAGAACUGCGCAUCCGUUUUUUUCUCUCAUUGACAUCUGAAGGCUCGUGCCAAUUCUUCCCCCUAAACACGCCAACUUCCAGUAAACAACACAUCGUCUCUUCUUCUUUCCCUCUUGCUCUUCCGCCAGCUACUCAUCUCGAGAUAUACGCAAAUCACCAACUCUAGCAACCAUGUCGUGGCAAGCCUACGUUGAUACCAGCCUUGUUGGUACUGGCCAUCUUGAUAAGGGCGUCAUCAUUAGCGCUGCUGGUGACAGCGUCUGGGCCACCACUGCUGGGUUUACGAUUCAACCCGAUGAGAUGAAGAACUUGGUUAACAUUCUAGCCAAAACUGGAGAUGCCGAAGACAAAGCCUGGUCGGCCGGCAUCCAUGUUGCAGGCGAACGAUACGUAAUGACUCGAUCAGAGGACCGAAGCGUCUAUGCACGACAGGGCCGGACGGGUAUUGUCAUCGUCAAGACGAAGCAAGCGAUCCUGAUCGGCCACUACGGCGAGGCUCAACAAGUCGGAAACGCGACCCAGACCACCGAAGCACUCGCGGACUACCUUAUUAAGGUCGGAUACUAGACGUGGUAUUCAUUGGGGAUAGCUCGUAUCGUGUCGAGGGUUGUAGACGGGCGUGGCGUGUGGAUAGCGCCAGAGUGGGAUAGGAUUAAUGCCUGCUGUUCUGGGACUGCAGAGCAAGGGGGAUGAGUUUAGCA